CUGUUCAGGUUUCUAAAGACUUAUGAGCGGCUGUGCAAAUCAUCGUUGAACCAGUUUGGAAAUACCGUUCGUGCGAAAUGCCUUGAAGUUUUCGAGAACUAUCACCAGCGUUGCAUGGAAGACGUGAAAAUGUUCAUCGAAACCGACGCAUGGCAGAAGGUUCCUGUUAAACGAGGCUUUUCCUGGCAUUUGCUGCCGGAAUUCCGGGAACCGUGCAAAUUAAAACAGCAAACUGGUCACAACAAUCCUGCUGAAGAAUUGGUAGAGUGGCAUCUGGCAACGGACCCAGAGACUUGCAAUCCGUUUGAAGUGACCAAUCUUCGGGACGUCCAAGACAGCGACUCGAUUAGUGAAUCAAGUGGCAGCGAUGAUUCCGACAUUUUCGAUGAGGCCCAACCUGCACUUAACGAAGAGGAUGACCUGAUGGAUGAGCAACAACUUCCCGCGUUCCAUACGCCUGCUAGAAGACUGCCGAUCGAUCAGCUUGGUCCGCUGUUGUCGAACAGUGCCCUAAUAUUGUUGCGCUUUUUCGGUAGGUACCUUCAGUUUGCCUGUCUUCUGGAAUCAGUGGCCGCCGACGUAAUCGUGCCACUUGCAGAGCUUUAUGAAUACUACUUUGUUUCCGUAUACUCGGAGGAGAACGCAUUGUCGGCUGAGUCACUGGUGACGUUCAUGAAUCGUGUUGUUGGCGUUGAAUCUCUUAUUUUUGUUUCUGAUCAACUAGUCGAUGUGCUUCCAGUAAUAGAGCCUUUGCUACCUAAGAUCAAACAAGCGUUCUUGCGUCUUUUUACCUCUCAGUCGCUAAAGCCGGCCCGUCUUAUGCGGAAGCCGGCUUACUGCGCGGUCGGCAAGGUCUUCGUUAAUUAUGGCGGUAUAUUGGAAAACAUGUCAGCGGUGAACUGGGAUGUCAAGGAGUUGAUGCAGAGGCAUAGCCCGUUUACUGACAUCAUCAUUGAGGAGCUGAAGAAGCUACAAGCCUUUCUGACUCCCCGGACACCGCAGAUCUGCAUUCCCGAAGAAGUGUGGACGACAGUGUGGUGUGGCCUAGGCGAGAAAUUGUUCGCGAUUCUUGUUGAGGGGUUUUCUGAUGCUAAGAAGUGUACGGACGAAGGUCGGGCGUUGAUGCAACGUAACUUCCAGCAGUUGCUCAUCAAUCUUGAAACGAUCGCUGAGAAAAAACUUACCGCGGGAAAGGAUCUGGUCGAAAAUUACAUUAAAGCUUUCUAUAUGAACGAUGCAUCGAUAGAACAGUGGAUCAAAGAAAACCGCUCAGUAUGCAAAAUUUGUUUUAUAACGUUUGGGAAAUCUUUAAUGUAAAU